AUGCACCGACACCAAAUCGAAAAAUGGGAGAAGGAACGGCUCGAGAAGCUGAACCAGGAAAUUACCGCAAAACAGGCUCGGGCAGAAAUGGUUCGACGAGCAAAGGCAGAGGAGGCUAAGAAGGUACAGAGUCGCCGGACUCGGUUCUAUAGGCGUCCACUGGGUCCCUUCGAUGAAACCUUAUUAGCAGACAAGGCGGUUGACCGAACCCUUGGUGACCGAACCCUUG